AUGCCGCAGACUAUCAGAUCUAUACUUGGUAAAUCAGGUCGGGUCACCAAGCCUAUGAGAUCAUCACCACCAUCUCGCAAAUGCUCAAACUCAACACCAAAAAGACCAGCCCGCAAACCAAAGGACCAAGAAGCAGACCUAUUUCAAGACAAACUCGACGAUCUAGGUUUGGCAAAAGUUUUAGAAGAAGAUCUCACACUCAGGGAUGUCGUUCAAGCUAUGCGAUACAUCCGAGCGCGGAUGUUCAGUCCCGUGCCACGAACAGGUUUCAACUCUACCAGGACGACGGAAGUGCUCAACUACCGCGCUGCAACAGCACCGCUUGUUACAGUUGGACAUCUCAAUGCGAUACUGCGGUCUCCGGGAAAGGUGGAACGUGAACUUGCAGAGUUGGUGAUGAAGGGUAUAGUGCGGAGAGUGAGAGUUGAGAGGCGUGGUGGUGGAGGUGAAGCGUUGAUAGAGACGUCUGACUAUGACGAUAUGCUUAACAAGGCAUCUAUAACCGAGGACACAAGGAGCUCCUUCAAGGCUUUCCUGAAAGAGAAUCCAGCUACACAAAUACUCUACAAGGAUGCCUUGGAAAGCAAGCAAACCGAUGAGCUCAUUCGAAUGGGGUUUCUUACAAGUUCUACGCCAUCAACGCCAGGGAGCACUCUUGACAUACGGCCCGAGGAUCGAACAACUCUGACGUCAAUUUACCAUGUUUCACGCUUUGCCUCCGGUACAGUCUCUGCCGUCGGUGGCCGUAAUGCAAUCCAUCUCGCCGGCGGCGGUGGCGGCGCCCCGACACUUACACGGUCAUCUUCCACACCAUCCGGUCUCCGUAUCGCGGUGCCGGGCCACGGUCGACAUCUCAAACUGGCUACUGCUACUGUAGACUGGGUACGAGAUGCACUACGGCGAACACGCUGGGGUGAAGGCCCAGAGAGCUGGCUGAAGGAGCGGUUCGAGGGAGGAGGCUUGUAUGGGCCGAGGUGGAAAGAGUUCUGGGGAGUCGAAUGGUCGUGGGUCUUGGGAGAAGCAGUUGGGUUGGGCGUCGUGGAAGUUUUUGAGACGGGAAGCGUAGGAAGGGGAGUGAGGGCAUUGGGUGGUUGA